AUGCCGCGCGCACGCAGAAACAAGGAGCCCAGCCCGCGACCCGAGGAGUCGGAGGUCGAGGUGGAGGUGGACGAGAACGGAAAUGACGAUGGAGUCGACGACGAGAUGGACGUCGACCAGUCUUCAGCUGCACACACUCUACAGUUCGACGAGGCGGUUACAUGGCGUGCUGGUCGCCCGAUACCGGUGGCGGAUCUGCUGCGGCGACUCCAGACACUCUAUGAAGAGCUCAAGGACGUCGACCAGGAAGAUGCCGACCGAAAGACGAUAUCACCCAAAGCACAAGAGCUGGCUAGUCCUCUGCUGUUGGGCCACAAAGAUGGCGGAGUCAAGGCAUGGACACUGCUGUGCAUCGUUGAGAUGUUCAGAUUGCUCGCACCCGAUGCGCCAUACAAGUCCAGCCAGCUCAAGGACAUCUUCAACCUGGUCGUGUCGACCUUCGUUCCGGCACUCGCGAACCCUACCGAUGCGUACAACGCGCAGCAUCUCAAGAUUGUCGAGUCUCUCAACAGUAUCAAGAGCAUCGUCCUGCUGGUUGACGUGCCGGGAGCUGACCAACUGAUGCUCAACCUCUUCACCAACUGCUUCGAUGUGCUGGCAGGCACUAUGAAGGGCAGCAGUGGCGAGCAGCUCUCGAAGAACGUCGAGUUCAAUCUGACAGGCAUGCUGGUGACAUUGAUCGAUGAGGCUACGGUCUUGCCUCCUGGCGUGCUCGAAGUCAUGUUGGCGCAAUUCCUGCGAGCGGAUCCCAGUCUGCAAGCAAGCAAGAAAGGCGAGGCGCAGAAAGAUGUCACGCUGCGCGAAGUGCCUGCGCCUUACAACAUGGCCCGGUCAGUAUGCAACAGCUGUCACGAGAAAAUGGGUCGCUACAUUGGCAGCUACUUCAAUACUGUCAUGAUCGAUGCAACAGAGGCCAUAUCGACCGCGAAGCCGACCAAGACUAAGACCAAAAAGCGAGCUCAUGAUGACAGCGACAACGAGUCUGAUUCUGGUCUUAUUAGUCGUCCGUCAGAGAAGGACAUGGAAGAAGUUGCAAAAGCGCAUCGUUUGUUGCGCGAGCUGUGGAGAUCAUGUCCGGACGUGGUGCGCAAUGUCAUCCCGCAGAUUGAAGCCGAGCUAGGGGCGGAAAGCAUAUCGCUUCGCACUUUGGCGGUUCAGACGGUUGGCGACAUGGUGUCUGGCAUUGGAGCAGCUGGACCUCCGCCACCAGCACCUCUCGAGCCUGCAGCAUAUCCAUCCCAGAGCUUGGCUGUUAGCAGCCCUGUGGUCCAGAAUGUGUUGCUCAGACCUGCAGCUCCCCAGUCUUUCUCUUCAGUCUACUCUACGGCAUACGAAUUGUUCUUCAGCCGCGGUCGAGACAAGUCUGCGCAGGUUCGAAGCGCAUGGGCUACAGAAGUCGGUAGGAUCUUGGUCACCUCUGGCGGAGGUAAGGGUCUCGACAGGGAUCAAGAAGCAGGCCUAGUCAAAGGCUUAUCGGACAUGCUGAUGGACCAAGACGACAAAGUACGACUUGCUGCAGUUCAAGCCGUGGCAACCUUCGACUAUCACACAAUCAUACAAAAGCUUGGAAGCGCUGGCGGAACCACAACCGAAGGGUCCGUGCUGGCGAACCUGACGGAUCGCAUCAAGGAUCAGAAGCAGCCAGUCCGUAGCGCUGCGAUUCAGCUUGCAGGCCGGAUAUGGGGCGUCGCUGCCGGAGCCAUUGUCGAGGGCAACGAGCGAGCACGAGAGCUCGUCGGUACCAUACCGUCCCGAAUCCUCGAUGCCUUCUACGUCAACGACCGCACACUCAAUGCAGAUGUACAGCUAGCAUUGCACGAGUCACUGCUGCCGGUGGGGUUUCCCGGCUUCAAGCCAAAGGCUGCUGCGAGCAGCGACUCACAACGCGUGAAUGACAGCCAAGGCGAAGACACACCUGAUCCUGACAGGAUUCGUGUCGAGCGAACACUGGCGUUGGUGCGUGAUCUCGAGUCCAAAGCCCAGCAAGUCUUUUUUGCCUUGCAAGUACAUCAAGCAUCGAAAGCGACAUACCUGGUGAAGAUUCUAGACGAAGCCGAAACCAUCAAGGGCGACUUUGACAAGAAAAGCAACAAGGAUUCCACAAAGCAGAUCGAUGCCUGGAUCACUGCUCUGUCGGCUUUCUUCCCAGAUCCCUCAAUUGCUCACCUCCAUCUUGAAUCAUUCGCGAGACAUUACGACCGCCGGAACUACACACUUGCAAAGUUCGCCACGUCGCAGGAAAGCGAGUACCGAAAGGUCACCAACGCCAUGAAAGAGCUGAGUAAGAGACUUGAAGGCAAUGUGAACACUGCGAAAUGCCUCGAGACAGUGAUACCAUUCCUACGGUCCGCUGCAGUACUCGUCUACAACAGAAGUCACGUACCCGCCAUCAUCGAGAUCUCGCGAACCGACGACAAAGGCCUUGCCUCCGCAGCGCAAUCCGUGAUCGCUCAGAUCGCGGAGAAGGCACCACAAGUCUUCAAGGUCCACGUCAAAGACCUAUGCGAUACCUUGAAGAAGGGAGCACCCACACCUACGUCGCCGAAUGAUCCGGCAGCUGCAGAUUCGCUGAAGGCUUGUGCUGGCUUCGCGAGGAAAUUCCCCAAAGAGCUUGGUCAGGACAGAGAGUUCUACCAAGCAAUGACCAAGUUCGCGUCUCAAGGAACACCGCCAAGGGCUGCAAAACAUGCGGUCACGGUGGUGAUCUCAGCUGCCGACAAAAAGGACAUGUACAUCAAGGAAAUCGUCAAAACCUGUACGAAGAACUUCAAGGUGGGCAGCGAUGGCUACUUGGCCAAGCUGGCGUCCCUUGGCCAACUACGUUUGCUUGCGGCGCACGAGACAGAAGAUCAGCAUGAAGCCAUCGACGAGAUUGCUACCGACGUCAUUGGCGAGACAAUUGCUGGAGACCAAGAAGAUGCACCGCAGCUAGAUGAUGACGACAAACUUACCGCCAAACUGUUGUCCCUGAAGAUCCUUGUGAACUCCCUGCGCGGUCAGAUGAGUGAGUCGCAAGACGAGCCUUGGGAUGACGAGGUUAAAGCCCAUGCUGGUCGAGUGUUCCGGCUGCUGAACACCCUGGUCGAGAAAGAAGGAGAGCUUUCAAAAGACGGCAACUCGACGCCCAAGCACUAUCGCAUACAGCUGCGCUUGGCCGCUGCCAAACUCAUUCUCAAGCUCUGCUGCCAUAGGGCCUUGGAGAAGCUUUUUAAGUAUCGAGACUACAACCGUCUGGCCAAGGUUGCCCAGGACGUGAAGUCGGAAGUCCGAGCAGGUUUCAACGAUACCUUGAAGAAGUAUCUAAGCCAAGGGAAGCUGGGGCGGAAGUAUUACGGCCUUCUGUUCCUGUACGCACACGAACCUUCGAAAUCUCUCAAGGAGCGCACCACAACUUUCCUCAAGUCUCGAGUUGCGACCCUAGCCAAGGCCGAUGCACAUGGGCUCGAAGGAGUGCUUUCCUACUUCUUCAGUCUCCUCGCACAUCACCAGGACUUCUCAAUCGCUAUCGAAACAGAUCAAGAAGAGCUUGCCGCGUAUGUCCUGUUCUAUCUCAAGAUCGUUGCAAAUGAGCAGAACCUGCCCCAGCUUUACAACGUUGCGCUCCGGCUCAAAAGCAUCCAGGAUGGCAUCGACCCCGAGAAGAGCGAGAAUCUCUACAUCCUGGGAGAAAUGUCCGAAGCCAUGAUGCGUUACUACGCCGAAAACAAAGGCUGGUCAUUACAGAUAACUCCAGCCAAGGUCAAAAUGCCAAGCGGCAUUUACGCUGCAAUGCCAAAUCAUGCUGUGGCCCAGGAGAUCUCAGACAAGACAUUCCUGCCUGAGCAGUUGGUAGACAGCCUGGAAGACAUCGUCAAAGAGUAUUUGCACCCUCGUAAGAAACGCAAAACUGCUGAUAGCUCGACCCAGAGAGUUUCGAAGAAAGCAAAGGUAUCGAAUGGCCACGCAGUGAAGCAGGAGAAAGUGCGCAAGACCCCGAAAGCACCAAAAGCGCCUAAGCCUGCAAAGGUAUCCAAGAUGCCGAAGAAGCGACCGCUUGAUGACAUCCCCGCAUCAGAGCGGCGCAAGAGCGCUCGCGUAUCCAACGCGAAGAGCUAUGCCGAUGGCGGCAGCAGCGACGAUGAUGAUGAGCUUGAGCAUUGGCAAGAAGAAAGCGGGGACGACGAAGCCAACAAGGAGAAUCUCACGUCGACACCGCCUACGAGCGAUCCGACACCAGCUGCUGCACCUGAGAAGGACGCAACGCCAAAAGCAUCGAAGGUAACCCAAAAGAAGAAAGCUGCCCCGAUAGCGAAGCAGCUGCCAUCGAGGGGACGGUCAGCCCGGGCAGCAAAGAAGAAGGAUGAGUUCGAUAUGCCGAGCGAUAGCGAAGAGCUAUCUGAGGCUCCCAGCGAGAUGGAGGCUUGA